UCCGCCGCCAGGCGGAAGUAGAGGGGCUUCCGGUGAGCCGGCCAGGUACUUGUGGUUCACAAUGGCGGCCUCCUUCUCCGGGAAGAAGAUAGUGUUUGUCACGGGGAACGCCAAGAAGCUGGAGGAGAGCACAGGCUCCGGACGCGCAGGCUCAGCGGCCAUGGCUCAUGGGCCUAGCCGCUCCGCGGCAUGUGGGAUCUUCCCGGACCAGGGCACGAACCUGUGUCCCCUGCAUCGGCAGGCGGACUCUCAACCACUGCGCCAUGAGGUCAUUCAGAUUCUAGGAGAUAAGUUUCCAUGCACUUUGGUGGCACAGAAGAUUGACCUGCCAGAGUACCAAGGAGAGCCUGAUGAGAUUUCCAUUCGGAAGUGUCAGGAGGCAGCUCGCCAGGUGCAGGGCCCUGUACUGGUAGAAGACACCUGUUUGUGCUUCAACGCCCUUGGGGGCCUCCCUGGCCCCUACAUAAAGUGGUUUCUGGAGAAGUUAAAGCCUGAAGGUCUCCACCAGCUCCUGGCUGGGUUCCAAGACAAGUCGGCCUAUGCACUCUGCACGUUCGCGCUCAGCACUGGGGACCCAAGUGAGCCUGUGCGCCUCUUCAGGGGCCGGACCUCGGGCCUGAUCACUGCCAUCCGACCAUUCCCUAUUAUCUCCCCAGCUUGGGCUGCUGUUUCUACUUUGUUGCUGCCAGCCCCGACUUUAACUGAGGGCCGGAUUGUGGUGCCCCGUGGCUGCCGAGAUUUUGGCUGGGACCCCUGCUUUCAGCCUGAUGGAUAUGAGCAGACAUAUGCAGAGAUGCCCAAGGCUGAGAAGAACACCAUCUCCCAUCGCUUCCAGGCCCUGCUUGAGUUGCAAGAAUACUUUGGCAACCUGACUCCACUUGGAGCUGGUGAUGACCACUCUGCCUGAGGAUCCGGGGAGGGCUAGCCUGAAACCGCCUCUAUCAGGCAGGCACCCGUCCAAGUACUGCCUUCAGGGUUACCACUUCCUGGGGGUGUUACCAGCCGUCAGGAGCAGCUGGCUCUGCCUGGAAACUUUGGCCAGAGGACACCAUCCUCUUGCCCUCAGGGAUUCAGUGGUCUCCUACAGCCUCCAGGCCUGGAAUCUGGAAAGGACCUUGGGUGUUAAAACUGGCCUUGGCAGGGUUGAGGGUUUGGGGAAGAACCACACAAACAACCUUAGAUGUUUUUUAAAUGCAGCAAAUAAAAAUUCCGGAGGGUACUUGCUUCCAAAAUAAACUGGGUAUAUUUGCUUUGAAACCUG